AUGGUCCAUUCCAGUGAAGCAAGAAUUCCAGAUGAAUGCUGCAUUUUGUCCAUUAUGAAUCCUGUGCUGGUGAUCUGGCUCGUUCUGGCCGUGACACAGGCUGCUAUGGAGGGCAGAAUUACUACGAAUUUGAAACGACUGCUGGAACCAGAAGCAACCGACGUCAAAUUACCGUGUCUCAUCGACGGUGACUCCACGGGCUACACUGGUCUGAGAUUGGAGAAGCGUGACGAAUUGAGCUACAUUCCAACGGACAGCGAUGGUUUUACGCUCCGUAAUGUAACUCCAAACGACAGUGGCUGGUAUGUCUGCACGGCAGAAUUUGGUGGGAGAACAAAGACCUCUAAGCCAAUUCGACUGGACAUCUACAGAGUGCCUCGCCAUGCUCCCAAGGUCUUCGUGAAACUCAACUCUCCUUUCCGCUUGGUUGGGGAGCGCUUCUGGGCUGAGUGCAUUGGCCGCAAUGUAGACAUGAAAUUUAAUGUCGAAUGGAACAUUUCAAACUCUGCGCUCUUUGUCCACACCAAUUCUUCCGAUGUCGAUACAACGGACGCCAUCAAGACGCUGCGUGUCUCGGCUGCGCAGACUGAGCUGAGACAGGCUGGCAACUUCACCUGCAUCGCAUCAAGCCACUUGGGCAAAGCCCAGUUUGGAGCAACGCUCACAGUCCUGGAGAAAGGCUUUCUGAGACUGUCGCAAUUGGGUCAAGACCACAAGACGGAGGUGGCGCCUGGAGAGGACGUCUCCCUGGCGGUGCAGAUGGACGCGUACCCAGCUCCCACGGCCUGUGCUUGGAGGCACAUGAACCGGACACUGAGCGAGGAUUGCGGGGAUGGGCGCUUGGUGUCCUUGCUGGUGCGGGACGUCAGAGGGGCCCAGUCUGGGAUCUACUCGUUCUAUGCCAGUCACCGCUACGAGAACGCCAACAUCUCCUUCCCAAUACUUGUGACCGAGCGUCCUCGUGAUGUGAGUCUCAAGGUGGUCGGGGAGAACACGGCCGAGUGUACGGCAUGGGGACAUCCUCUCCCCAACAUCUCCUGGAUCAUCUGUGAGGGCCUGCAUAAUAAUGGGUGUUCAGGCAGAACCGGUCCCUCUCCACUGGAAGCAGAUGUGAGCCACGAGCGUGCAGGCCUCACCGUGGCUCGUUCUCAAGUGACUCUACCUUCUUUGUCGGGCAACCUUACACUUAUGUGCCACGCGCACAACCAGCUGGGCGAGGCCAACGCGUCGCUACCCGUGGCUCUGCAUGUGGGGAGAUUUCAGGGAGUUGUGGCACCAGCUGCGGCAGGAAUGCGCUCAGUGCUGGAGUUGUCGAUUGUCUCGGGCCUAGCUGUGGUGCUGCUGGUCGCGUCUGCUCUGAUCGCCUUCAAAUACAGACAGCGGCCGAGGUACGAGAUCCGCUGGAAGAUUGUGGAUGGGAGUACAGAAGGAAACCCUUACACCUUUCUGGACCCAGCCCAGCUGUCGUACGACCCCCGCUGGGAGCUUCCCAGAGAUGCGCUCCAGUUUGGUGUGACCCUGGGCUCGGGAGCAUUCGGCCAGGUCGUAGAGGCUCACAUUCACUGCCUGGAAGCGUCGGACGAGCAGCCCGUGAAGGUGGCCGUCAAGAUGCUGAAAGCCACAGCACAUUCCUCAGAGACGGAGGCCCUGGUGUGCGAACUGAAGAUCAUGAGCCACCUGGGAUAUCACCUCAACGUCGUCAACCUCAUUGGCGCGUGUACCAUCGGAGGGCCAGUUUUCAUCGUCACAGAAUACUGCCCCCAUGGGGACCUCUUGAACUUUCUUCGCCGCAAGCGGGCAAGUUUUUCUAUCUACAACGGCGAAGACACUGACAAGGAAGAGCCCUACAAGAACAUCAAGUCCAUCACCAAUGGGAGCACAAAAGAGAGUGAAUAUUUGUCGGCUCGUGAUCUGCCCAAGGCAUUGGCUCAAGACAGCCUUAUUGGUGGCGAUGGCGGUGAUGGCAAUGACAUUGAAGAGGAUCAUUCCCUUGAGCUCAGAGAUCUCAAGAGCUUUGCUCACCAAGUUGCGCUGGGAAUGGCCUUCCUCGCCUCAAGACACUGUGUGCACAGGGACCUGGCUGCCCGUAAUGUCCUGGUGUCGACAGCUCACGUCGUCAAAAUAUGCGACUUUGGUCUUGCACGUGACAUCACCUGCGACGACAACUACAUCACCCGGGGAAAUACCCGCUUACCUGUGAAGUGGAUGGCCCCAGAGAGCAUCUUCCACAGCUUCUACACCUCCCAGAGUGAUGUGUGGUCAUAUGGCGUUCUGCUGUGGGAGAUCUUCUCUCUUGGUGAAAACCCUUACCCAGACAUAGCUGUGGAUGGGAAAUUCUACAGGAUGAUUCGUGAUGGAUACCGCAUGGAUGCUCCUGAGUUCGCCCCAUGCAAUGUCUACCAAGUGAUGCUGGACUGCUGGAGUGGUGACCAUGAAAAUAGACCCAUGUUUAAUCAGCUCGCACAGCUCAUGAGUGAGCUGUAGUCAAGUCCAAGAUGCUUCAGGCAUGAAGUCACACUGUGUCUAUCGCCUCUCUGUGAAGUGUAUUCAUGAGCACUUAACCAUAGCCCUUUCGCUCCCGGCCUUGUAAACGUCUACCCCUUAUGCCCCCACCACCCCCCCGUUAACACGCACAUGCUUAUGCUUUUAAGGCAUUGUAGGGCUUAUAUUCCCACAAUGUAGUGGUUCUUGAAUAUUGUUUACUUCAGUAUGUUAUGAUUGGAUUUUAUUUUAGUGUUUGAUGUUCGAGACCAGUCCUUGGUCUCCAAGCUGACGCCAGGACAUUUCCUCAGGUCUUGUCCUUUUAAUGCUUUUUUAACCAGGAAAACCUCACUGAGUCUCAUGUUUAUUUUUCAGUACGCUCCUGCAACAUUUUCGCACUAGUGUGGUGGUUAUUGGUUUGUAGAUUCCAAUUGAGGAAUUGUUAAUCUUUGGAAAAUUUGGAUCGUCAUACCUGCACAAAAUGCAUUUUUGUGUGCAAAUUAUGUCAGAGGAUCUGACAAAUCCAUUGUGAUGCAGAUAGUGUGUUUGUUCAUGGUUAAUACACCUCAGGGACGUGCGGACAGGGGAGGCAGGGGAGGCAGGGGAGGCAGAGCCUCACCUGUUAUACUCCAAAUAGCUGUUACGAAAAGUUACAAAAAAGAAUAAUCAAAUAAAAUAAAUAUUAAGAUUUUCCACUGAUCUGUGCUAUAAAUGUCAUUUCUGUACGAAUCCAAUCAUUUUUAUAGUAAAAACCGCCAAAUCUCCGCAGCUCCGCUGCAAAUACAAGGAGAGACUAUAGGUGAGGCAGCGACGAGCUCAGCCUCCCCUCUGAUUGCGCAACCCCUCAGUAACUGGAUGUAGCGCGGACAAUAAGCGCGUGCCUGUUACUAUCUCAGUAUGUCACCAAUAUAAUGCUUGUAGACCCCUUCAUUUCAUGUCCUCGCCUUCCAUACACCAGGUAACUUAUUUCACGAAUGUGUAUAAAAAUAUUUAGGCUCGCUGGUCUCGUCAUGAAACUGCAAUGAAAAAGCACCAGGGGAGGCAGCUAUCACAUCUGCCUCACUGAUGGGGACGUGUCUAACAUGCCCCCUCAGUGAGGACACGCCCCCUCCGUGAGGCCACGCCCCCUCCGUGAGGCCACGCCCCCCUCAGUGUGUGAAUCUGGCUCUGACACUAGCCAGUGCUUCAUAAGGGCGGUCGCUGUGCCACGUCACCGUCCUUGAUCUUAGCCUCAAAAGGUGUGGCCUUGACUGUCCUUGAAGGCUCUGACUACGUGGGUAUUUCAAACUGGUCACAUGUAACCAAGGUUGAGAUCAUUAGCAUAUUAGUACUAGGUAGUAUAUCAAUGCAGUAUUGUCUCAAUAUGUAUAUCCCUCAAAUGUUACGGUGUUUUGGAGAUGCAUUCACCUUUAAAUGUUUUUCUAUCCAAAUAGUUUGGAAACUUUUUUUACUUCAGUAUAUCAAAUCUGACAUUGGACGAUGACAUUGGUUAGACAUUGAAGCUGAAUAAUGAGAGCUGAAGCUUAACUGAAAAUAAUCAACCUUGAAAGCAAUAAACACGCGUAUCUGAAAUAUGAAACUGAUAUGAAAACCUGGUCGAAAAAAUUGAAUCUAAAAUAACAUAGGUAAAAAACACAAAUCGGUUGCAAAAACAAAUGAUAGUCAUUGUCAACUGAAACUUUAGAUGCAUCCACAUAUGGAUAGGUUUCUGCUAAGGCUUGAUCCACUUCAGGAAGGGAUUUUGUGUGGACUGUCUUAUUGCAGCAGUAAAUUAAGAUUGAUGAAUUACAGUAACUUAGUAUUUCAAUUGAAACCUUUCGUGACUGCAGGGAUUCAUAUUCCUUUGUACGUGACUUUACCGUAAGAACCAAGAAUAUAGUAACUUAAUCAUUGAUAAUACAAUUGUCGAGGUGCACAGCAUCCAACGUAUUACUGCAGAAAUCGCAGCUACCAUGCUCAGUGUGUCAUGAUUCUUAUACGAAGCUUUAUUUCCCCAAAAUAAAUUGUGCCUUAAACAUGUGUUAACAUUAGCUGGUAUGUAAUUUUUACUCUGGUAAUAGAAAACGUGUAAUAUUGGUAAAACUGAAAAUACUAAAAAAGAAAUGCUGUUUUUCAGUUGCUCUUUUUUCCUAUUUGUCUAGAUGUGAGAUUACGUGUUUGGGAAAACAGUGCUGGCAAAGGCAUAUCGUGGACUAGGUGUGGUCUGAGUACAAUGCUAUUCUUGCGUAUACAUCAAUAUUUUCAGGAGCUAAAUGCCAAUGUCGAGGUCUUUCCUGGAAGGUUCUGAAGGAGGGCAAUUCAUGAUUUGGUCUUUUCACAGAUCUGUAUCAUGUGGGGCUUGAAGGCCAGGCUGCUAUCAAUGAUAACCCCGAGAUAUGUCGAAAUAGGGUCAUAGCACACUGAACUACUACAGAAGGACACACCAAUAGUGGCAUCUGCAACAUGAUUGUUUAAGUGGAAAGUUCUUUUGGUAAUUUGGAUGGAUUCGGUCAGUCUCCAGUGACAGAAAUAUGCUUGCAAUAACAUUAGAUCAGUUAGAGUAUUGGCAAUGUUAUUAAAGGCGAUGACAUCUUAUAUAUGAUGAACAUGUGAGAUGAUGUGCAGUGACACACCCUGAGACACUGCUAAGAUGAUCUCCCUGCUUUUCCCCAAACCUUGGGCCUACCCCUCUAACCCCGAGCUCUGAUUAGCACGGUUGGCUACGUACGGUGCUAAAGAAGAAUGUAGUGAGUCCAACUGAGUCAUAGACGUUGUCUAUGGAGCAACACGUUUUAUUCAACUCUUAGCACAACAUACUCCAGGCUAUUAACACAGCACACUCUCGGGUGGUGACCACCCAACUAACCACGCUACAGCGGAACUAGACACGGUUCCACUAUCCCGGUCCGGACCACAAGCUGGGUCCCAGACCGCGUGGCUGGAGGCUUCUUCAAACUUGAAGUGGAUCUCCUGCCUCUCCAACAGUAAGAACCCCGAGCCCCUCACAGAGCUCCCCUUAUAUCGGGCCGGGCUGGUGCUGGCUCCGCCUCUCGCCCCGCCCACCUCGAUCUCUCUCGCCCUUGCCCGAAGGCUCUCGAGAGUUCUUCCUGGACCAUGUGACCACCCAUUGGCCCCCUCCACCGGUGGCCCCCUCCAUUAUAAUCUGGUCACAUGUCCCCAGGUCAGCCAGAGUAUCAUGCCCCCAACGUAACCCUAGCUGGCUCACACUCUCUCGCUCUCUCAACGGGAGCCCGCACUGCACGCUGUGCAUGGCCAUCGCGCUUAACCAGCGCUCACCCAAGCCCCCACUAGGGCUGGUACUACACCACGUGUCCCGGGUGUACACACAACAGUAUACAUCCCGCCGUGGCCUCACAAGCCCGGCACCACACAGUGACAUUCCCAGUCACUACAUAUACAUAACAUUGCUGUUACUGUUACUUGAUACACUGCUGUUAUUAAUUCGCGUCACUGCCCCUCUAACCUGGCCGCUCACACAUCACAUGCACACUCGCCUACCCCAGCCCACCGUGCACCUGCCUAACUUACAAGAACACGG